GGGUUGUCAUUUAAAAGAAUGAUUAAUCUAAAUCAUCAUGGCCCAAAGGUGUGAAUGAAACUAUGGCUUGGUGAGUAGAAAACAGCAAAGUUUUCAGUUAAGUUGUUCUAACAAAAUGGAUUUCCUAGGAGGUAGGAGAUUCCAUUAUCGGUGCUUUUCCACAGGACGUUGAUUGUCCUGGGAUUAAUGGCAUACAGGAGAUAAUAUUGAUAUAAUUUGGUGAGUUGUUGAACUUCAUGAUAGCCAAGGUAUUUUCCAAUCCUGAGCUUAUGAUUCUAAUAUUUGAUAACACAAUGGAUUUGCCACUUGUGCAUCUAAAUUUGUUAUGCACGUGUAAAGUAGACAAUUCAGAAUAUAUCUUGAAAAUGAGUGAGAACUUCCUUUGUAAUCUGAAAUUGUCAGUGUUUGUAAAGAAAGAUAGUACUGAGUUGAUAUCUUUAAGUUAGCUGCUAAAGGAUAAUUAAUGCAUGUUUUUCUAAAUCGAUAUUUACUUUCAGCAAUUAUUGUAGAAUUAUUUAUUUCAAGAUUCCAGGUGUAUAUGACUAACCAAGAGAUUCCAGUCAUACACAUUUCAAAUAUAAUUUGUUUGGACAUUUGUGAUAUAAUUCUUUAAUGGUUUAAUCAGAAUUGAAUAGAAUUCAGGUUUUAAAGAACUUGAAUCUUGGAUAUUGGUCGUGGGAGUCAGAUGGUCUUUAAUAUUAAGAUUUGUUUCACACACUGUGAGAGUGUAAAUGUUAUUUUAGUAUACUACGAAUUUUGGAUGAUUUAAACUAAUCUUGUACCUCCAUUGUUAAAAACAAAACUCACUAACCGUUUCAUGGUUGGUAGACUGGUUUAUUUUAUUUCCUUAUCUGCUGAGUAACUGGGAUACUAGGUAGUUUACUUUAUUCUCUUAUCUGAAUUACCCGUGAACAUUUCGUUUAAACAAAUAAAAUAUUUCACUGACAGAAAAACUGUUAGAUUCUACUCUCACAAUAGUCAUUCAUUCAUGUGGACUGAACAAGUGUUAAAGCCUGGCAAUCAUGGACUUUGCUAAGUUGUGGCUGAGGCUCUUUGACUUACAUACUAUAGAUCAUUAUUAAAAAGAUAGGCAAUCUGAGAUUUUGAGCAUAUAGUGAUUUGGAAGCACCAGAAAAAAAAUCUACCAAAUUAUUGGGCUAUUUUAUCACUUGUGAAAACCACCCAUUCUGAUCAAGUGACGUCAAAGGGGAAGAAGUAAAAUCUCAGAGAGAAUCAUUGGAAGAAUCCUACAUCUUUGCCUGGGAAUGAAAACCUAAACAGAACUCCAAACAAACGGUUCUUCAGGGAAAAAAAAGUCCCAUAAAGAAAGGAGAGGAGGUGAAUAACUCACUGUCUGGGAAGAUGAAUAGACUCUUCAUAGAAUUUUUUUAUGUAAGUAAACAAAUGAAGGUCAAGAUUCUUCCCAAUAACUCAAUCAAUAAUAACAUACUCCCUUUAAAAAUACAUUAUUUCGAUUUUAUACAGUAGUUUUAUGUUAUAUUUAAACACCUCUUGGUGGUUGAGUAGAAAUUUUUAAUAUUUAAUUUUAUGUUGUAAAGUAACUUUAAAAACUUGAUUGUGUCCCUUAUCUAGAUCUUAUUUAUUUAGCUCCAAAGAAGGUACCCAGAAGUAUUGUUAAUCGAGACUUUUUAAAAACAGAAUAAGAGACAAAUGUGAGAUUACGCUAUGAAUUUUGAAGUAUCAAGAAGAAAAAAAUUAUGACAUUGGGAGCCAUAAUAUAUGGACAUGAAGGUUUUGUUUGAAAAUAUCUGCAAGUACUUAUGAUCUUUAAUGACCAUAUACUUUGCUUACAUCAACAAGAAAUUCAAGAUUGCUACUAAACUAAUAGUUUUAAACUCCUGGUUAUGUAAUUAAUCUACAAUACUCAUAUUGGUUCCUUUGAACAACAAAAAAGUUCUUUUAUCUACUAGGUGAAAGCAAGUAUGAUGUGAUUAUUUUGAUAGAUUGAAACGGCAUUUCAUUCGAAGUAUUUCCUGUAUUUUGACGUAAGGCCAUCAGAGAGCAGAAAUAGAUUACUUAGUUAGGAACUUCUCACCAACUGAGCUAAGCUUUUACAGUGUCACUUCUAGUUCUCCCUUCUGGUGCUACUAGCUACUCCCCAGGCCUUAAAAUAAUUUACAAAGCAAGGUGAUUUCUUGCCAGGUCUUCAUUUCAGAACAGGUCUCUCUCUUCUGCAACUAUGUGGAAGGAAUUUGUUUUAUUUCUGCCAGCUGAGAGUAACCUCAGAUCCAUCAACAAUUGAGUUUUACUUCGUUAACAUCAGUGGAGCAAGUGAGUACCUCUAAGGAUCCUCUCAGGACAGUCCUGCAUCUAUCCUCAAAGGCUGUUUAGAGACCCAUCUUUUCUCAAUUAUAGGGUAGGGUGAUUAUUUAAAUUGCAUAAUGAAAAGAAACAGUGAAGCCAACACUCAUUUCCUUAUGAAUCCACAGCCAGUAGAAUCUGCAAAUUUAUGCCUUCUGUAUAAAAUGAGUUGCUUCUGUAGCUGAUUGGAGCUGCUUGGCUUCUCACCUCAUCUCUAAUGGCACUUUUUGAGCAUAAAGCAUCAGCCAAGGCCGACAAUGAUUCCCUUUUUUCUUCUUAGGAGACUGAGAAUGAGGAUAUUUGUAUUCCUACAUUGGUUCUACCAUUAUAUAGUCAAGGAUAAAGCAAUUCCCUCUCAUUUUAAAAAUCAUUAAAAUGAAGGUAUUGGACUAAACAAUCUCUAAGAUUCCAUUCAAUACAAAAUGUUAUUAAAUUAUCUCUCUAUAUGUUAAAGAAAAAAUGGACUGUCUGCCUUCCAUGGUGGUGUCUAGAACAUAGUAUAUGUUCAAUAUUAUUGAAUUAACUUAAAUGUAUAUGCUGAUAUAAACAUUUUCUACAUAACAUCUUUCUUAUGUAUACACACCUUUUAAAAAUAAGUCAUACUUUUUUAUCUGCAAUGACUGAUUUUUAUCUAUGUGCAAUAAGGUCUGAGGCAAUGUCUAAGAAUCAUUUCAAAAUUGCAGUGCAGAGCAGAGAGUUAAAAAUCUGGGAUUAAUAAACACCCAUCCAUGAACAUUGUUGCAUUAGUGCACAGUUGCUUAAAAUUUAAUUUUAAAUGAUAUCAGAGUUGUAUGAAUUGAAGAAAUAUAAAUGGGAGAAUUUUGAAGGAUAAAACAACUUUCUGAAAAAAUCAAUUAUUUUGCUUCAAUAUGGUGCAGUAACUUAGUAAGGACUCUGAGCGCCGCUGUUCACCAGCCAGGGGAAAAAUGGUUCAAAAGAUCCGCCAGAACCACUGAGCUUUUACAGCACAAAGAAACGCCAGACUGAGACAAAUUCUCUUCCAAGCUGCACUAAACUCAGGCCUCUAUACCACUGGAUUCUGGGCUCCUUUUCCGAAUACAGAGGGCUCCACGCAGACAUACUGGCAUCCAGAAACACAACAGGAGAUAGGCCAGUGUCUAAAGAUGAGCAGAACAAGAAUGGCGGCUCCGGAGAGGGGAGGGGACUACAGAGGAUUCAUCCUGCUCUCCAUCCUCCUGGGGACCCAGAGGGAAGUUUCGGCAGGACGUAUUCUCUACUCCAUUCCGGAGGAGACAGACACAGGGUCUUUUGUGGGUAAUAUCGCCAAGGACCUGGGGUUGGAGCCCUGGGAGCUGGCGGAGCGGGGAGUCCGCAUUGUCUCCAGAGGUAGGACGCAGCUCUUUGCUCUGAAUCCGCGAAGCGGCAGUUUGGUCACCGCGGGCAGGAUAGACCGGGAGGAGCUCUGCGCGCAGAGCGUGCGGUGUCUGGUGAACUUUAACAUCCUGAUGGAAGAUAAAAUGAACCUUUACCCUAUAGAAGUGGAAAUAAUGGAUGUUAAUGACAACACUCCUAAAUUCCUGACGGAAGAAAUGAAUGUGAAAAUAAUGGAGAAUACAUCUCCUGGGGUGCGAUUUCCGUUAAAUGAGGCUAGGGAUCUGGAUGUGGGCACGAACUCUCUCCAGAGCUACCAUCUCAACCCCAAUCGCCACUUCUCCCUGGUUGUGCAAACUGGAGAGGAUGGAACUAAAUAUCCGGAAUUAGUGCUGGAGCGCGUGCUGGACCGGGAGGAAGUGACAGCUCACCACCUCCUCCUCACAGCCUCUGACGGCGGUGAUCCACCCAGAUCCGGAACCGCCCGUGUCCAAGUAACAGUGGUGGACGUGAAUGAUCAUGCACCAGUCUUCUCUUUGCCCCAGUACCAAGUAACUGUCCCUGAGAACGUGCCAGUGGGCACAAGACUACUCACGGUAAAUGCUAUCGACCUGGAUGAGGGAGUCAAUGGGGAAGUGACAUACUCUUUUAGGAAAAUAACUCCAAAAAUUCUACAGAUAUUCCAGCUGAACUCCCACACAGGAGAAUUAUCAACUUUAGAUGGCCUAGAUUAUGAAGAAUCUGGCUACUAUGAAAUGGAAGUUCAAGCUCAGGAUGGUGCUGGUAGCAUGACAAGGGCUAAAGUACUGAUCACAAUUUUAGAUGUGAAUGACAAUGCCCCGGAAAUGACUGUAACAUCUGUAAGCAGCUCAGUCCCUGAAAACACUCCUCCUGGAACAGUAAUUGCUCUUUUCUACCUUCAAGACCGAGAUUCUGGGAAAAAUGGCCAGGUGACCUGCACUGUUUCAGAAAAUCUGCCUUUUAAAUUAGAAAGAUCAAUAGACAAUUAUUAUAGGUUGGUGACAGCAAAAAACCUAGACCGGGAAAAAUUUUCUGUAUAUAACAUCACACUGAAAGCCACAGAUGGUGGAAGCCCGCCCUUGUCAACGGAAACUCACAUCUCCAUGAAUGUGGCAGACACCAACGACAACCCACCUGCCUUCCCCCACUCCUCCUACUCCGUCUUUGUGCCUGAGAACAACCCCAGAGGCACCUCCAUCUUCUCUGUGACUGCAUGUGACCCUGACAGCCACGAGAACGCCCAUGUCACAUACUCCGUAUCUGAAGAUACUCUCCAGGGGCCAUCUGUAUCCUCCUAUGUUUCCAUCAACUCCAAUACUGGAGUCCUGUAUGCAUUGCGCUCCUUCGACUAUGAGCAGUUUCAUGAUCUGCAAUUGAGAGUGACUGCAAGUGACAGCGGGGACCCGCCGCUCAGCAGCAACGUGUCUCUGAGCAUAUUCGUGCUGGACCAGAACGACAACACACCUGAGAUUCUGUACCCCGCCCUCCCCACCGACGGUUCCACGGGUGUAGAGCUGGCACCCCGCUCUGCAGAGCCUGGCUACCUGGUGACCAAGGUGGUGGCUGUGGACAGAGACUCGGGCCAGAACGCCUGGCUGUCCUACCGCCUGCUCAAGGCCAGCGAUCCAGGACUCUUCGCAGUGGGGCUGCACACGGGCGAGGUGCGCACAGCGCGGGCCCUGCUGGACAGAGACGCGCUCAAGCAGAUCCUGGUGGUGGCGGUCCAGGACCACGGCCAGCCCCCUCUCUCCGCCACAGUCACACUCACGGUGGCUGUGGCUGACAGUAUCCCAGAUGUGCUGGCAGACCUGGGGAGUCUCGAGCGCUCCGCCGACUCUGGCGACUCCGUCCUCACGCUGUACCUGGUGAUGGCCGUGGCCGCGGUGUCCUGCGUCUUUCUUGCCUUUGUCGUCGUUCUACUGGCGCUCAGGCUGAGGCGCUGGCACACGUCGCGCCUGCUCCAGGCUUCAGGAGGCGGGUUGCAGGGCGUGCCCGCCUCUCACUUUGUGGGUGUGGACGGGGUGCGGGCUUUCCUGCAGACCUAUUCCCACGAGGUCUCGCUCACCGCGGACUCGCGGGGGAGUCAAGUGAUCUUCCCGCAGCCCAACUACGCUGACACGCUCAUCAGCCAGGAGAGCUGUGAGAAUAAGGAUCCCUUGUUAACAUCCAUAGAUUUUCAUGAAUGUAAGGAUAAAGCCCAAAGUGUUCAGGUGAGUUCAGUCAUUCAUUUAUCUUUAUAUUCUUUGAAGAAGUAUAUUUUGUGUAAAUUUCUUUAUUGUUUUGCGAAAUAAGUGAUUUGAAGAUGGGUAAAAAAAAAACCCUUUUAAGUGGUAAAGCAAGAUUAAUCGUUUAUUUCAGAGGUGAUUCUUUAACAUGGAACGCUUACUGACAUAGGUUUUGGCAUCAUAUUUAUAGUGAAAGCAUAUGGACAAGAUUGUGAAUAAGUGGGUAAUCGCAUUUUUAUACCUUCUACUUAUGUUCCACAUGGUGUUCUUAAUUCAUGUAUUUUAUAAAUGAGAAUGAAUUGUUAAGUCUUUCUCAUUGCAUGAGGUUCUUAAGAAAGUACACUUCUGUUUUCUCAGGGCUCUCUUUAGAUCAGACCUAUAAAAGGCUCUUGAAAAAAUUUUCAGUCUGAAGACUUUUUCUGUGCCUUGCUUCCGCUUCCAUGUAACUCCCCCUGGUGACCUUGAAAACCUCCAUGGCUUUUGACCUAUUUAAACCAUAAUUGUCUCUUAAAGUCAGGUCCUGGUAGAAGGUUAGAUGGAUGCCUAAAGAAUGAAAUGUGUGUGUGUGUCAGGCUUCACUGAGAUCUUUAUCAAUGACAGGCAUGGAGUCUAAUACCACACUAAAGGUCCUUGUCCAAAACCAAUAAAAUGUGACAUCAAAUAAAAUGCCAUUCAAGUGUCAUAAGUAACAUUUGUGAAAUAGGCCAUUGCAUGUUUUUACCCCAAAUUCUAAUGUUCUGUGUUAGUGAUGCAGUCAUUCAAAGUGUGUAUGUGGGCUCUAUAAGUGGGAGAUUUGGGAUGCUGGCUUUAUGAAACAACCAUCUCAUACACUCAAGUCCUAGACCAGUAGUGAAUUUUACUUAUUGGGUCUGCUGAAAAAUUCAGUUAGAAAUAAUCUAGUCUGCAAUUAACUACUUCUAUACUUGUUAUACAACAUUUUAGUAUAACUCAGUACAUCAGUUGACUAGUAUCAGGAAGUAGUUGAUGACAAGGUAGUCUUGUUUACUGGGACCUUUUGAGUAUUAGGUAAGAGCACAUUUUUUCUAGCAUAAUGUUGUGUUAGGUGGUGUUUUGCAUAUAAAGGUCUGUGCAGUCCUGUGGGAGUAUAUUUCAUACAUUCUGAAGUGUUCAGAUGUACAAUCACUUGGGGGAGAGGAUAAUGUUACUGACACUCUGAGGCAGAAAUGUGGCUAUCAUGUAUUUUGAAAAAAAAAAACCCCAACCAAAUUUAUUAGAUGAUUAAAAAUAUUUUUAAACAAAGGGAAGAAAUCGUCACUAAAUUCAGUGAGCUAUUGCAAAUAAACUUUCUAGGGACUAUUUCCUUCAACCGUCAUUACGGGAUGUGAUAAGUACAGAAGUGGGAACAAGUGCCUCAGUACAUAGACCAUGCAUAGUGAGUUUGUGUUGCAAAGCAAAAUAUAUUAUUCCCCUGGUAGUUUUGGAGAUUUAUGUUUUAUUUUGUACCCAGGAAAAUAAUCGUGCAAUGGGAAGGAGAGGGAUAGGCUCUUUUCUAAAAGGCUGCAUCAUUUCUUUAAGUGAGAUAUUGGAAGUUAAAAUCAAGAAAUGUUACUAUAAAGAAAUCACUGAAACUAUUUUGGAAGAAGAGAGGUAAGUAUAAAUUGUGCACUUUUAGGGCUUGCUUGGUGGCACA